AUGGAGAUGCUCCCCAAGGCGGAUGACACGGAGGACCUGGAGUCAAAAGCGGCCUUCGAAACGCAGGGCCCGCUGAAGUGUUGGGCUUGCGGGAGGGGCCUGGAUGGCUCCUUCGAUGACAAGCUGGAGAUGAAGUGCACCUUCUGCAGCGCGUGGAACGGCUGCCAGCGGAAGGGAGAGAAGCCUGUGCUGCUGCAGCUCUCCUCCGCAAUCUCCGAGCUGGUGUCCAUUCCACUUGUGCGCCGUACUUGGAGCUGCUUCAUGGUUCUGCUGGUCUUGGGGACCAUCAAUGCCAUUACGGGUAUGGGAGUUUUCUACAUCUACCCGGAUUUUCUCGGCGGCACCUCAGGGUUGUUCUUCUACGCCCACUGGCUUUCCUGCGUAUGGCUGUGGACCAACACCCUCCUCAACUACGCCCAGUCCGUCCUUCGAGAUCCUGGGUUCGUUACGGCCCAGCGUCUAGGCAACGUUGGCCCCGGUGCUCUGGAGGGCUUUCGGUUUUGUAAGGCAUGUGGCCAAGGGAAGCCACCUGGCAGCCACCACUGCAGAAUCUGUCGGCAGUGUGUCUAUGACAUGGACCACCACUGUCCUUUUAUUGGUAAUUGCGUGGGGAGGGGCAAUCGCCGAAGCUUUGUUGUGUUCUUGUUUUGGGCAACGGUGUCUGUGGCGUACGUGCUGGCCAUUACGACUUGCUAUUGCUUGAUCCACAUGGAUGACAUCAUUCAGAAUCUGAGCGACAUAGCAGCAAAGCUCCCGCCGCUGUCGAAAAACACCCUUCCCAUCUACGUCGUCCGAUUUUUGGAGCACUCGUACGGGGGCCUUCACCUACAUGCGGCCUGCGUCUUGCUUCUCCUGUCUUGCACCGUGUUUGCCAUGACGGGCGCGCUGCUCCUCAAGCAGAUUCGGCUUCUCCGCUCCGGGGAGACCACCAUAAGCAGACUCCAAAGCCGGCAGGGCCGAAAGCGAGGACUCAGCACCGCAGGCUCAAGCGCAAGCUUUGAGAAGGUUCUGGGGAGUGGCCCUUGCUGGACCUGGAUCUUGCCGGAGCUUUAUCCCCACAGGGCCAGCGGCGCAAAGCAGGUCUAG